CUCCCGGCCUCCCUUCCUGUCUCUCUUCCAGCAAUGGUUACCUUGGGCCUAUCCCGAGUGGACGAUGCGGUGGCCGCCAGACACCCCGGGCUCCGGGAGUAUGCUGCGUGCCAAUCCCAAGCCUUCAUGAAAGGCAUCGUCACGUUCAUCACAGCAGGCACCGGUGCAGCCUUCUUCCUACAAAAGGUCCUCCAGAGGAAGCUGCCCUAUCCCAUGCAGUGGAGCGUGCUUCUGGCCAUGGUUGCUGGCUCAGUCGGCAGCUAUGCAGUGACCCGUGUGGAAACACAGAAAUGCUCCGAUCUCUGGCUCUUCUUGGAGACUGGACGGCUACCCCAGGACCAUGCCCCAGAGCAGGCUUCUCGAGGGUGUUCAGAUCCAGAACAGAAGAAAAAUCAGUAUGGGGACAUUCUGGAGUAAGGGUCCUCCGUGAUUUUGUCUAUACCAUCAUGGUUCUUCCAGCUGUGCACAAGCACUCCACUCUCCAAUCUAUAUAUACACAUAAAAAAUGCUUUAACAUCCUGUA